GAGCAGCGCAUUAGAGCUUCAGAACGCAGGAAGUGAUAACUGGGAGGUGUUUCUUGUUAGUGUUUCCACUGAAACGAAAGCUUACUGAAUGAACGUCAGUGUAAAGGGUGGAGAUAGGGAAAGAUAAGGCAAGGCAAGUUUUAAAAUUUCUUCUAGACAAAAACAAAGAUUUGACACUGUGAGAUUUUGGGUUUUGCCUGUGUCCAACACACUGAGAAUUACGACUUGAAGUGGCUGUACCAGUAUCAGGAGUUCCAGAUGUAGAGAACACGGAACUCACUUAAUGCUAACCUAAACAAAAAGAACUAGCAUUUCUGUUUCAUGAUUUUCCAUCUACCUAAGUGUCAGAGCAUUAAAACAUUUAUAUAUUGUUCCUCUAUAUAGGACCUGUCCUCAAUUAACAUUUGACUUUGCAUGAACUGCACCCCUGUGUCUGUGUCAUACCUGGUCCCUGGAUCCAGAGCUUCUGGAUGUUCCAUCGACUGACUUCGACUUUCAACCUAGAAAAAAGUAAUAUUUUACAGUUUAGGGGCUUGUCUGCGAAAAAGGGGGGAAACCUCUUUGAACUGAGACACCAAAGAAUAUCUGAGGCAGGUGCGCCAACGAUCAGAAACAGCUCCUAAAGUGGUAAGUGUUUUGAUAUUUCUUUGAAAAAUGUGAUUUGAAGAAAUGACUUACCCUGUAAGAUUCCUGUUGUUGAUAUGUCAUAUAGAAACGAAAUAGGGUUAACACUCAUUGUUAGUGGGAUUUCGGUCCCAUUGUUGUGACACUGCGGCUGGCAACAGUAAUUGUUUGAGCAGUUAUUAAUGCACGAGUAGGUUUUGAUAUACAGAUCACUGAUCACAUUGUACUUUUUGAUCACCGUGCAGGUUUGUUAUUCAGGAAAUUAUAUUAUUCUUGGAAUGAUUGAAUUAAAUUGAAACAAAUAAGUUGAGUCAUCCAUUUUUUGGAAAUAGAUAACUGUAACAGCUAUUACUGCAUGAUGAUGAUAUAUUGUGACAGCUAAAAGAAGGAGUAUUUACGGGACAACCGAGACUCCAGGGUCGGUAGAUCCGUGAGUUAUGCAAGAGCCCACAUAGGUUUAUACGAUACAUGCCCUUGUUGAAACAGUUGGUCGAUUGAACACUGCAGAUUACACUAAUAACUUAUAUCUAAAUCAAACUGAAACUUUUUGGAAGUCUCCAUUGCUGUUAUUUAACGGUACGAUUUUUUUUACUGCCAGUAGUGAUGUCGAAAGUUUGGGAGUCCUGUAUUGAGAAUGUUGCCCGGCGAAUCGGCAGUUGUGUUUAUGUACAAAAAUGAUCAAGGCUUUUAUUUUGAACCGUAUGUUAGCUAUCUCCCAGGAUGGUCAGUGCAAAUGAUACUGCAGAUUGAUAUACCGCUUGCAAGGGAAGGUUUAUUUUAAGAUGAGGGCAUCGAGUUGGCAAGAAGCAUGGUGAAGGAAGGGUGGGGUGACCGGCAAAGGGAUUAUCCAUACAUGAAUAAACCUUAUGCCGUGUUGAAAGAAAUCAAAAAGGUUUGGGAUCAGGGUCCUGAAAAAAAGCGAAUUGUCGCUUAUCUUGCAAACAUAAAGGGAGGUCCACCCUGAAAAGGCUCCAUCAUACUCUGCUUUUUGCAAACCUGAACAUUGUCCUUCUGCGCCUGUGACGCCGCCGCACCCCAAAUAUCUUGUGAAUUCUUAACCUAGGGCACAGAAAACAAUAUUUGUGGAGCUAACACCUGCUAAAAAACUUGCUCAGGAAUUCAAUAGUUUGGGUAAGAGCUGGAAAUACCGUUAACAUAUACGACCAUUAAAAAUGUCACAUCUGUAAGCAAUAUGCAAAAGUUUGCCGUCUCCACAGGAAGCGGGCACAUAUGUGACUGUUGCACAAACACACACAAAAUAUGCAGGAAGUGAUUUUAGGUCGGUUUUGUUAAGAACCCUGCGAGUGAUGUAACCAAAACAUUUUUGAUUGAAAAGUGUCUUACAUCAUUGGUACUUCUCAGUCAGUUUUUGAGUACUUUUUGGAAAACCCUGAAAAUGUAGAAACAUUCUUUAACCAAUUGAGAGUUUUCCUUGAUGAACGUCUAGGAAAUAGAUAGGAUUUAUCAUUUGGAGCAAGAUCUAAAUAGAAAGCUAGAGAGUCAGCGGCUGUAUUUUUUGAGCGCUUUAAAAAGCAUGGAAAGACAAUUCUAAAUUGCCAAUGAAUGAGCAAAAUAAAGCCUCUGUUUAUUAAGACGUUACUGAAUAACAUGACCACUAAACAAGUGCAAUUACAUCCUCCGAAUUACAUCCUCAAAUUUGCAUGAUAUGACCAUAGACGCUCUAGGAAAGCGAAUUCGGGAACUUGAUGGUUUUGCAGUUAAAGUUGAAAAUGCUAUGUUUACAGGGCAGCGACCACAAGGGAACUCUGCCGCACUUCGAAUUCUAAACUGCACCAAAGGAGGAAGCUAGAUAUAAUAUGCUUCCACUGUGGAAGGAAGGGACAUUUAAAACGUGAAUGCAGGCAGUUGAGAAAGCAGUCAUCACAGCAGAACUCAGGUGACAAAAACCCAAUGCCACCCGAACCAAGCAUAGGGGUGCCCACAGAGUGAUAUCAGUUCUGAGCAGUGUUGCCAGAUUGGAAAUGUCCAAUUAUCGUGCCAGAAACUCCAAACUAUCAUAUUUAGAAGAAAUUGUUGUACAUGAGUCAAACUUAUUGAAUACAGCUAUUUAUUUGGACAAAAAUCUUUGACACAACCUGCAGAAGGCUGCAGCCUGAAACAGGUCUUGGCCAUCCUGCAAAACUGGGGUCCUUUUUUCACUUCGUUCUGUAUGUUUUUUUGUCAGUGCUUACUUUUAGGCUGCUCCAUAGACUCUGCCUUCCUCUUCGCCCAUCCCAUUUCUUCACCUUCCCUUUCAGGACUGACAUAAUCACCGCUGCAGCGGGCCAGGUACGCUAACUUGUGCCCGGGAAUGCUAACUUGUGCUUGUGAGAUGAUUGGCCGAGAAGACGUAGCGUGAGGCAUGCACUGAAGAUUACCAACGUUUGCAGUCAUGGCUGAAGCAUUGCCCUUCUUAGAGGAGGAUCUUACCUGUGUCAUCUGUUGUGAUGUCUACACCGAUCCGGUGACACUGAAAUGUAGCCACAGUUUGUGCGAGAAGUGCUUACAGGAGUUCUGGAGCACUCAGGAUGUUAUACAAUGUCCUGUCUGCAGAAAGGAAUGUUCACCCGAGGAACCCACCAAGAGCCUGGCCUUUAAAUCACUCUGUGAAUCCUUCAAAACGAGAAAACCCACUGCUGUUCCAGAAGACAUCUGUCAGGAACAUAAAGAGAAACUGAAACUCUUCUGCUUUGAGGACAAGAAGCCUAUUUGUGUGGUCUGUUACACUUCGAAAAAACAUGAAAAUCACAAGUGUUCUCCUGUUGAAGAGGCUGUCGUUACAGUAAAGGAGGAUCUUAAGGAACGCAUCGAAAAAUUACAGGUGACUCUUGGUAAACUGAAGAAAGCCCAAGACAGCUCCAUGAAACAAGAUGAGCUCAUUGAGGAGCACAACAGUGUUGAAGAAAACCGGAUCAAGAGGGAAUUGGAGAAACUCCAUCAGUUUCUUAAAGACGAGGAGGAGAAAUGGAUCAGAACUAUGCGGAAAGAAGUGAAAUCUCAAGAUGUGAAAACCAGGAGCGGACUUGAGCAGCUGUCCAAACAGAUCUCAGACCUCUCAGAGCAGGUGGCAGCUGUAUGGCAAGACCUGGAAGCUGAAAACAUCACAUUACUGCAGAACUACACUGAAAACAUAAAAAGACUCCAAUGCCCAUCAGUUCCAAAGACAUCUUUUGAAUUUAAGAAAUAUCAACAUCAUCCCACCCAGACCAUGAUGUUUACCACCUGGGCCAAAAUGCAGAAACUUGUGGAAAAAGCUCCUGUGAUGCUGGACCCAAACACAGCCUCCAAUAAAUUGCUGGUGUCAAAGGAUUGUUACAGUGUUCAACAUGUCAAAAAGAAAGUGUCAGGACCUGAGAAUCCAGAGAGGUUACAUCUGGGAGUUCUGGCUUCAGAGGGCUUUAGUUCGGGUCUGCACUGCUGGGAUGUAGAGGUGGGAGACAACGACCACUGGACACUGGGUGUGGUUGGGGAAACAGUCUACAGAAAAAGACUUUUCAUAAUGGAUCCCAGGAGUCGUUUUUGGUGCUUUCGAUAUGUGGAAGGUAUAUACCGGAAAAGCAAUAAGCCUAUCAAACAAAAUGAGAGGCCUUAUAUCAUUCGACUGCAGCUUGACUUUGACAAAGGUGAACUGAAAUUCAUUGAUUCCUUCAGAAACAAAAGUAUGUGCACCUUCACUGGUGGAUUUCCUGAGAAAGUGUUCCCAUAUUUCUGUACUGGAGAUUUGGACAAACCACUGAAUCUUUACCCAGGCAAAUGAAACAUAAUUUACGAACUAAUGAUAAACCUGAUACAAAAGCGUGAUAUUUACUGUUGACAUUCCCACAAGAGAAGAUACAUUUCAGCAUAUUUUGUUUGUGUUUUGGUGCCACAUAAGCAGGGUUGGGUUUAAUGAAAGGGUUGUAGACCAUCUUCAUAUUAAUACUACUGUUAUUAAAAUCAAUACGCUAUUUUAUGAACUUUUAUUCAAGGUAUUGGUUCGUGUAAAUAUUCAAGUUUUUCACCUCUGAAAAAAUUGUUAUUAACUGUUGUCAGCAUGACAAAAAUUAUGCGGUAUUGAAGUGCGCAUGCCCGGUGGAGGUAUCUGUAUAACUUCUAGCCUAAUACUGCGUUUGUGAAAACCUUUAUAUGAACAUUGUAUUGUGGAAAGUUGGAAUUGUGUUAAACUCUUUGAAAAUGAAUCUCCGAAAUGCUGUUAUAGAUAUCUAUAGUUAUGUACCUAGCAUUUCCCUAUCAAUAAAGCAUUAUGGUCUGUUCUAUUUAAAACAUGUGUUCUUUGUCAUUCUUCAG